AUGGAUAUUCAACCACCUCUGGUCGAGCUAGGAACAAAUCAAACUCUGGAAUCAUCGAGCUCACCAGUUGGCGACCAAGUUGCUAUCCCACACUCCACUUCGAGCAGUACGAGCACUAACAAUUGGGGGGCAGGAGACUGUCGGAGCCCGAUUUGGGCUUACCUGGAAAAAGGAGAACUCCCAGCCGACAAAUGGGCAGCCAGGAAGCUUAAAAUUGUCAGCGCACAGUAUUGCAUCUACAGAGGAAUACUCCUACGCCGAAGUGUAGCUGGUCCCUACCUAACAUGUGUUGCUGGUGAAGAGCCCGGGAUGCUAAUGCGAGCUGUUCACGACGGUCCCAAUGGGAAUCACUCCGGAGGGCGGAUUCUGGCCUUCAAAAUCAAAAGGCAAGGCUCUUUCUGGCCUACUAUGGUCACAGACUGCGAAAACUAUUCUCGAACUUGUGAGAAAUGCCAAAAGCAUGCUCAAUCAAUCCAUCAGCCUACCGAGCUCCUGUCGUCGGUGUCCGCACCUUACCCGUUCAUGAGGUGGUCCAUGGAUAUCAUUGAAGCAGCGGCUUACGCGAAAGUAACGAGUGAAGAGGUAGAGCAGUUCGUGCUAAAAAGCAUAAUCUAUUGCUACGGCGUUCUUCACGAAAUCAUCACCGACAAGGGUCCGCAGUUCAUCUCCUCGCAGUUCGAAGGGUUUUGCACGUUGUGGAAGAUUCGACUCAAUAAGUCAACUCCUCGUUACCCGCAAGGUAAUGGACAAGACGAGGCAAUGAAUAAAGUCAUAUUAGCUAACUUGAAGAAACGGCUCGAUUCUCGCAAAGGGCGCUGGCCAGACGAACUGCAGGGCGUUCUUUGGGCAAUCCGAACAACACCCCGCCGGGACACUAAUGAAACACCUUUUUCCUUGGUUUACGGAGUCGACGUCGUAGUCCCAGCUUACAUAGAAGUUCUUGGAGUCCGUACCUUGCUAAACCCACUCCGAGUUGUGGAAAAUGAGGAAUUUUUGCAUGAUACCUUUGAUACGAUCAAUGAGCGCCAAGAUCAGGCCUCAGUUCGGAUCCAAAACUACCAGAGCGCAGUAACCCGUUAUUAUAACUCCAAAAUCCAAAGUAGGCCCUUGUCAGUCGGUGAUCUAGUCCUUCGGAAGGUCUAUGAGAACACCGAAGAGCUCAAUGCAGAGAAGCUGGGAAUCAACUGGGAAGGCCCGUAUAGAAUUACCCGCAAAGUGCGGAAUGGAGUCUAUCAGCUCGAGGGUUCAAAGGGAAAACCAGUUCCGAGGUCCUGGAACUCUUUACACCUUAAACUCUUUUACAGUUAA